CCUCCCCCGCGCCCUCCCUGGUGUGGUUUGGGCCACGCAUAAAAAGCUCCCGGGCCUAGGGCUCUCUCGGUUCUGAGAUCUCUUUCUUGUCUCUGCUCGCGUCUGGUCGUCCGCGUGUCCGGCUCUUGCCCACGCAGGCUUAGCCUCAAAAGUGACCUUGGGAAGGCAAAACAAAGGGUCUUCUGAGGCACUAAUGACCAAGCUUGCGUGGAUCUCUGAUUUCAGUCAUGGCCUCUGGCAACGCGCACAUCGGAAAGCCGGCCCCUGACUUCACGGCCACCGCGGUGGUGGAUGGAGCCUUCAAGGAAAUCAAGCUUUCAGACUACAGAGGGAAGUACGUGGUCCUCUUUUUUUACCCACUGGACUUCACUUUUGUUUGCCCCACGGAGAUCAUCGCUUUUAGCGACCACGCUGAGGACUUCCGAAAGCUAGGCUGCGAGGUGCUGGGAGUGUCUGUGGACUCUCAGUUCACCCACCUGGCGUGGAUCAAUACCCCACGGAAGGAGGGAGGCUUGGGCCCCCUGAAUAUCCCUCUGCUUGCUGACGUGACUAAGAGCUUGUCCCAGAAUUACGGCGUGUUGAAAAAUGAUGAGGGCAUCGCUUACAGGGGCCUCUUUAUCAUCGAUGCCAAGGGUGUCCUUCGACAGAUCACAGUCAAUGACCUACCUGUGGGGCGUUCUGUAGAUGAGGCUCUCCGCCUAGUCCAGGCCUUUCAGUAUACAGACGAGCAUGGAGAAGUCUGUCCUGCUGGCUGGAAGCCCGGCAGCGACACGAUCAAGCCCAAUGUGGAUGACAGCAAGGAAUACUUCUCCAAACACAACUGAGAUGGGUAAACAUCGGUGAGCCUGAAUCUUGGAUCUUACCUGUGCCCCAACCUGGAUGUCCUGUGCUGGCCCAGAAAACGCUAGAUCUUCUUCCACACUCUGAAGGGGCUGGAGGCUAGGCCGAGGCUUUCUCAUUACCCACCCGAAAUCUGGUGAAUAGUGACCCUGCCCUGAGCACACCCAGCUGGGCCCAGAUCUAUAGGAAACCAAUAAAGUAUUAGGGACAGUGUAAGUCUGUGUUGGUGUGUGUUUAGUAGUCGACUCCGACCCCAUCUUUACCUUCUGGCUUGUACAGCUGACUGUAAUUACUUCUCUUCACCACAAGGUGGCAGCAUCGCCUCAUUCACUCCAUGGUCCAAGCAUGGUGAGAAGCAGGGAGAACUAUAAAUAUUAAGGUUGGAGGAAUCCUUAAGAGCACUUGGGGCUCCUGCAGACGACCCGUGUUCCAUUCCUGGAACUUAAGUAGUUGCUUAUGACCUUCCUUAACGUCAGUUCCAACGCCCUGGUCUGGUCCUCCAACACCAGGCGUGCACAUGAAUAUGGGCAGAACAUGCAUAGACAUGAAUACAUCU